AUGCAACAACAACAACAACAACCAUUAUUUCCACCCCCACCGCCUUAUGAUGCUCAUGGCAAUGAGAUCUAUCUCUCAGAAAUGGAUUCAAAUGCUUGGCCUUCGAGCUAUUACGGAAGAACAAGGCGUAUUGAUCUCGCUAAGUUCUAUUUUGACAUAUUGAAAGCAAGCAGUGAUGAAAUAGAUAAAGUCAAUCACCAACAGCAGCAACAGUGCGAUGAUUUAUGCAGCAGCAGUAGUGAUGAGGAAGAACAGAUAUCCAUUAUACAAAAGCCCAAAUCGGUUAAGAAAGUAACAUUUUCAAAAGAACCACCUACGAUUUUUGAGUAUGAACCAGAAUAUGACAAAACAGCCACGAUGUUGUAUACUAGCAGCAACAAUAUGACUUACAAUCAUACUCCUGUCAGUUACAAGAACAAUUCCUUGUUUGAUGAAGGAUGGCCCGGUCGAACGAAAAAAGCAAUGAAUUCUGCUGGAUUCAUUGAUUUCAAGUCUAAAAUAGAAGCUAAAUUAGGAGCAGUCAAUGACCCUGCUCUCUUAUUAGCUCUGGAUAAAAACAAUGAAACUAUAUUGAAACUAGCUGAGGAUAAGGAUGACAACGAUGAUAAAGUUAUCUGUAGUACUACCAUGGUCGAUAGAGAACUGUCUCAAGAUAGCCGUGGUUAUUACCGUCACCGAAAGAGUCCCCUAGUGCAAAGCUUGAACCUUCAGCCUAUUCUCAAUACCAACUGUGUUGUUUCUGCUGCAACGACUACUACAACAGAUGAUGAUCCAGGUCUCUUGACCGACAAUUCUCCUUCUCCCUCAAUUUCUUAUACUGACUCCCCAAUAACGCCCAAAGAUAGCCAAGACUUGUUGUUGCUAUCAAAUAUUACUGUGAUACCCUCUGUGAACAUUAUUCCUACCGCUGAUACAAACCCUAUUGAUAAGUCAACAACUUCGUCGUUGCUAUCCCGUAAAAACAGUGGUAAAUGGCUGAAAUCUCUAUCCAUUAGAAUGAAAAAUGGACCCAAAUCAGCGAAGACCAAGCCAUUAAUCAAACAAAUAGCAUGA